AUGGAUGUUUCAUCAACCGUUGCUACGUGGCUGUCAUUGGCUGCAACAGUGGUGGGAUUAGGUUCUAUCGUUACGCAAUUUGGCACCAUCAUCGACCAAGCGGACCCCUUCCAUUCAUUACGAGACAUCCGACAUCUAGGCAAAUGGAGCCAGCGGCAGAUAUAUGUACCGUGGUAUCGUGUCAUUAAGCCACCACCUGUUGGGCCUUUCAUCACUGCAAACCUCUGUCAGGGUUUCUGUGGCCGAAUGACAGUAGCUGUCAGUCGCUUACCUCUUGCUCAGCCCACCGGGCAGGCUGCAUGGUCAGUACUGCUUGCAGUUCUUCAUCCAACUGCUUCAAGCAGUGUACACGACGCGCGGAAGAAGCCAAAAAUACUUGCAGAGAGCUCUAAUGUCAAGCCAGAGUAUAUUGUGACCGUUAACCCUGAAUCACACGUGGUUGAUCUAAAUGAUGGAUGGGCCGAUCUUCCCCUCCAUCCACUUAUCAAGCAUAAAUUGACCACUUGUACGAUUAUUUCCCGCACCACCCUGAUAACAUUAUUUUGCAUCACGAAUGCUCGGCCAAUAUUUCGACACAGCGGAGCUUCCGGUCAUCGGGCCGCGUAUGCAGCUUACUGUGGACAAUGGCGGGUCGAAUGGCCUAUUGGGGACUUAGCACGUGUGUAUUUUACUGCACAUGACUCACACAGCAUAGCAAAUGAUGUUUAUCCAGCAAUGUUUCACAGAAGAAUCGACAAAUGCCUGCAAAUGCUCGCCGGGGUGAUUGAUGCGCAAACAUCUACUACGUUUAAAUGUGCCUUCCCCGGGCGCAAGUCAUCGGGCCAAUGGGUCUUAAAAUAUGCUGUCAAAGGCUUUGGCGGUGCACAUAGCGGUAGGCACUUAUACAAUAUGGUAGGUGGCAACGUCAAUGACGUCGACUUCUUGCUCAUGAAAGCGAUAAACCCGGAAGCAGAGGUAUUGGAAGACAUGCCCAUCCUACGCUUGCCUAGCAAAGAUGGUGCUGAUCUCGACGUGUCUUUGUAUGUUCCUGAAAAAGAAGCAGCUAUUCUCAAUAGAGCCUUGGAUUGUCUACCAUGGUCAUCUCUCUCUUGGUCAAUCCAUCGAGGGCUCCGUGAUAUACUUGUUGCGUUUGCAAAAGACAGGCUGGAUCAGUGGCGGGAUCACCUAGCAGAGACACUUCGCUAUGCUGUGGCAAAAUGGCCGGAGAGGUUGGAUGCUAAAGGUUGGAACCCUCAAUUCGUCAGGGACAAUAUGGCAGAUAUGGCUGCAAGUGCUGUUCUAGCUGGAGGCGGGAAUUCGGGUGACGUAGUCAGAAUUGUGACUGACAUAGCACUCACUAUAUGGGAUGGUGAAGUCUCGGCGCUGGAUGAAACAACUUUUUGGAGAUCGUCGCUUCCCCAGCCAAGCCCUUCCUAUCUCAGUCCGUCGAUUGUCAUUGCUCUCGUCAAGUGCUUCGUUUUGGAGUGGAGCAACGACUUUGAUUACCAGAUAUAUCACGAUUUUCCGUUAGAGAUGUAUUUAGGUUGA